GUUUACAAUGGCGGCGAACUGACUGAGGGAGAAAAUCUUGGCUACACUUGAAUUUAAAUUUCUGGUUAUUUUCUAGGGAAACUUUUUAAAGCAGUAUUGACAUUGUCGGAGGGCUGAUAUUGGCACUUGGGCUGCAAUGACGAAUAAAACGGCGUAUUUUUACGACCCGGACGUGGGGAACUUUCAUUAUGGUGCUGGACACCCCAUGAAACCUCACCGGCUCUCUCUCACGCACAGCCUUGUUCUGCAUUAUGGGCUCUACAAGAAGAUGAUGGUCUUCAAGCCCUACAAGGCGUCCCAGCACGACAUGUGUCGCUUCCACUCGGAGGAUUACAUUGACUUCCUGCAGAAAGUCAGCCCCAACAAUAUGCAGGGCUUCACCAAGAGUCUGAACACCUUUAAUGUGGGCGACGACUGUCCCGUGUUCCCAGGCCUCUUUGAGUUCUGUUCCAGAUACACAGGAGCCUCACUGCAGGGAGCCACACAGUUAAAUCAUAAGAUAUGUGACAUUGCCAUCAACUGGGCUGGUGGUCUCCAUCAUGCCAAAAAAUUUGAGGCUUCUGGAUUUUGCUACGUGAACGACAUUGUCAUCAGCAUACUGGAAUUGUUAAAGUACCACCCCCGUGUGCUGUACAUUGAUAUCGACAUUCACCAUGGCGACGGUGUGCAAGAGGCCUUCUACCUGACUGAUCGAGUCAUGACUGUAUCCUUCCACAAGUACGGGAACUACUUUUUCCCAGGAACAGGAGACAUGUACGAGGUGGGGGCCGAGAGUGGCCGCUACUACUGCCUGAACGUGCCGCUACGUGACGGCAUCGAUGACCAGAGCUACAGGCAGCUGUUUCAGCCAGUGAUCAAACAGGUGGUGGACUACUACCAGCCCACAUGCAUUGUACUACAGUGUGGAGCCGACUCAUUGGGCUGCGAUCGGCUGGGCUGCUUUAACCUCAGCAUUAGGGGUCACGGGGAAUGUGUGGAGUUCGUGAAGAGCUUCAAGAUCCCCUUGCUGGUGCUGGGAGGGGGAGGAUACACCGUCCGCAAUGUGGCCCGCUGCUGGACCUACGAGACGUCUCUCUUGGUGGAGGAGUCCAUCAGUGACGAGCUGCCGUACAGCGAGUAUUUUGAGUAUUUCGCCCCAGACUUCACGUUACACCCAGAUGUCAGCACCAGGAUCGAGAACCAGAACUCCAGACAGUACCUCGAGCAGAUCCGGCAGACCGUGUUUGAGAACCUGAAGAUGCUGAACCACGCCCCUAGCGUGCAGAUCCACGACGUGCCCUCUGACCUGCUCAACUACGAGCGCACAGAUGAGGCGGACCCGGACGAGCGCGGCUCUGAGGACAACUAUUCCAGGCCAGAGGCAGUGAACGAGUUCUAUGACGGCGACCAUGACAACGACAAAGAGAGCGACGUAGAGAUUUGACCAGUCCGGCGCCGGCAAGGGGAUGGUUUCCAGUGGGCGUUGCCUUUGACCGCAGCUGAGUUUGGAGGACUGCAGCCUCCUCCAGUCAGAAGCAGGUCUGUUCUCCCGAGGUUGCGGAGGAAUAAGGAAAGAAGGAAGCAAGCAGCACCUUCUGCCAUCAGGACUUUGUUUUCACCGUCUGUCUUAGAGGGUUCUGCUUUUCUCGGUCGAGCACUUCCGUCAGGUGGGGGAGAGGAACAUUGUUUAGUGAGGAGGGGCUUUGGUUCAUCCCACAUUUCCCUCAGUUACCAAGUUGUUGUUGGACCUUUUUCCAGCCCUUGACCCCACAAGCAUCAAGUUACAUUGUUUUGACCAUGUCUGUGUGUUUUUUAAUUGAUCUGUUUUAUAUCAAAUUAAAAUGUAUGA